GCUCCCAAACAGCAAUUUGAUUGGUUUCACCCACUCAUCAAUCGUUCAAACAUCCAAUCUGGAAAUUCUUACCCAUCUUACCUCUGAGAGGUUCACUCAUGAUUCUGCUUUCACAAGCCAAUUCUAAAACCAUGACAAUUCAAUUGAGACUAACUGGAGGCUUAUCUCGAGCACUGCUCAGCAACGGGGUGCGGGGAGGUGUCAAGCUGUCAACAUACCCUCAUAUUAUUACCACCGCCCGAGCUCUCUCAUCACUCACAUCAACAACCACAACCACAACAACAACAACAACAACAACCAGACCAGAAAUCCUCAGGCUAGGGAGUCAUCAAUCCUCACUUAUCCUAAGAGCAACCUAUGCAUCCAGACCCAACUCUCAAACCUCCACCAAAAACGUAGCACUCGAAGAGCAAGCCCUACUCGCCGCAGCAGAAAAAGCCAAGGGUGGGCAGCAACAGCAACAGCAACAGCAGCAAGAAGGCCACGGAAAAAAGGAAAAGACUGAAUACCCCGAACGCCUAAUGAUCUACCACGCCGGCACAGGCAAAACAACCUUCCUCGGCACCCUCCGCUUCGCAACCCUCCUCCUCUUCGCCGGCUUCGGCCUAGUCCUAACCCCCCACUACAUCAAAUCCGGCGCCCCCCCCCAGUACCCCCUCGCCUCCCUCGCCUGCGGCCUCAUCCCUCUCCUCUACGUUGGCUACUUCACCACCCCCUUCGUGACCUUCAUCCACCUCCGCCUGCCCCCCUACGCCCGCUGGUCGACCCCCAUUCUCCAGCGGUUUGCCAAAACAGCCCCGCCAAACACCCAGGUCGAUAUCACCACCCUCAGCCUGACGGGGACGCCCCGCCACUCGUCCAUGAUGCUGUCUGAUCUCAAGCCAACAAGGGAGCGCUUCGGCAUGGUGAAUUUCACGCGGGAUACGACGGCGGUCAACGAGAAGAGGAAGUGGUGGAGGUGGAGGGCGGUGGGGAGGUUCAACAUCCAGGAGGGGAAUGAGAAGAAUUGCAGGGCGGGGUGGGUUUGGAAGGAUAUCGCCGAGGGGAUUGGGAGUAGGGCUGGGGAGAAGGGAGUGGGUGGCGGCGGGAAGAAGACUGGGCAGUAA